ACUGCGUUCCACAUAUUAAAUAAAAUAAUCAAACAAUAGGUAUAACAGGAACAGUCUUACUACAUCUGUUAAAAACAAAUAAAAGGAUUUUGCCUUUAAAAGUUAGCUUCAAAAGCUUUCGAGCUGCUUGUGAAACUUUCAUAGAAUCACACCGGGCUCCAGAUUUUCCUUGGACCCUCAUGCCACCUAAGAGAGAGGCGGGGGCGACUGCAUCCCCAACGCCGAUUAAGAUGCUAAAGAUCAACACGGUCCCAAUGGAGGCUGGUCCAAUGAAUUUGACCGAGUCAACUUACUCUCCUUUCCUCCACACCGAGCAGGACUUUGAGGAUCUUGAAGAGGAAGCAAGUGAAGGCAUCCGAACGGACACCAUCAGUCUGCUGAUGAAGAUUGAACAGCUACAGGCCCAACUCAAAUAUGAACGAAGGUGUCGAAUUCUGGCAGAAAGAGAACUUAGGCAGAUGAAAGAUAUCGAGGAACUGCAGCAAAAGCCAUAUUACCCACUCCAUCACGAUGCCAAAACUCAGACCUUCCAAUCACCAGAAGUCAUACUGGCCUCUCCAUUGCCAAAAAACACUCAUGUGGGAUUAUCCUCUGAAGUUCCAAUCGCAACGACACCUCAGAAUAAAGUGGCAAUGCAGCUGUUGAAAGAUGUCACUUUGCAGAAGUUGCUACAAACAGUGACUGAGUUGGUAAAAGAGGUUAAGGAACUAAAAGAGGAUUUUCACUCCUUUUACCUCUCAUCCAAGUGUGGCCAGAAUAGCCAGGAGCCCUUGCCUGACCCUUUUAAUUUACCAAUAACUUCACAGGAGGAACUGGAUUUUGCCGAGGCCAAACUGCAAUCAAUUGAUGCCAGAAAGGCUAUGGUCUCACGUCUCUCUUUGGUUGGGGGAACUACACUAGAGGUGCGAGUUCGCUGGAUGCUACGCACUACCCUCUCAAACGAACUAGCCUCUCAAUUAAACUGGGCAGGAAAAAUGGCAAAAGUAGAGGCGAAGCAGAAGAGGGCCUUCAAGGACACCAAUCUCUGCAAAAUCAUAUAUGAUUCACUGAAAAGGCAGAUGGGAAUGGAGGCAUCAGAGUACGAGUUCGCUGCUGUUGUGAAAAAGUGGCUGCGCUAUGCACCAGACCGUGUUGGUGGCAAGGGUCGCAGCGAAUCCUGUCAGACUGAGGAGGAGGCUUAAUUUUGACGUUUUAAAGUUUACUGAGCGUUAAUGUUUGUUUAUUCUAUUGUUGUGAUUGAAUUAAAAAUAAAUUGAAAUCUCGCCACAUUUUUGUUUUUAUUAUUAUAUUAUUUAAUUUUAUACAUUUUUUUUAAUUUAUCAUUUACAUAUGAUAUUUUAUGAGUCACUAAGCUGUUUCUUCUGUCUGUAAAUAAUGCAGGACCUCUAAAUAUAGGCAUAUUUGAAAGCAUUAAUAGCACCAUGGUUGAAAAUGAAGAAAAAACAUUGAUUCAGCAUUGUUCCAAUAUUCCUAAUAUAUAUAUUGAAAUCACGUGCAGAUUUUGUAAUGAUUUCGAUGUUGGAAAAACAUUAAUUGAGGGUGCAAAAGUGAUGACAAAUAAAUGUCUGGUGUCAACGUUGAUUCAACGAUAUAAUAUCGAUAGAGAAAUGUUGAUUCGUUUUCAACCUCGCUCUGCUAUCUGGGUUUGUGCCGCUAUCGUUUUUAAGAUAUUUACAAUUCUUUUAUCGGUCAAUCUGAGGACAACCAGCCCCCCCAACUUAAAAAUUGUGUCAAUCGUUUAUGCUUCGUUUGUGAUGGUUUGUGCUGUUAUCGUUUUUGAGAUAUUGAGAUAUUAAUUUUGAGUGAUGACGUCAAUCGCAGCCUUUCCGUCACGGCUGAUGGAGCGUACCAACUCUCUCAAUAACAGGGUUUCCCAACAACCAGCGCAAACGUCGCACAAACGAAUGGCACCCUUUUGGAUUCAUUUUGCAGUCAAUGGGGAGAUGCGAGUCACGUCAUCACUUGAAAUUAAUAUCUCAAGCCCCUCAUUUACUGCUAUAUGCACCCAAUGGGGUGCCAUUUGUUCGUGCUACGUUUGCGCUAGUUGUUGGGACAACCUUCUGUUAUUGAGAGAGUUGGUACGCUCAGCUGCAGGAGUUGGUUAUAGAAAAGCUGCCAAUGAUGUCAUGACUCUAAAGUAAUAUCUCAAUAUCUAUGAAAAGGUAACGGCAAAAACGAAAUUUUUUACAGCACAAACGUAGCAUAGUAAAUGAAUGGAUCCAUUUCAGUUCCAUUUUGCAAUAAAUGGAGGUGCUGCGUGACAUCAUCACUCGAAAUUGUCUCAAAAACGAUAGCAGCACAAACUAAUCUUUUUACGGCACAAACGAAGCAUAUACGAUUGACACAAUUUUGAGCCAUUUUUCAUCAAAAUUGGGGGCUGAUUGGCCUAUGAAAGCAUUGUAAAUACUGUAUUUUUAAAAUGAUAGCUGCACAAACAAAACUUUUUACAGCACAAAUGUAGCACAAACAAUUGGCAUCAUUUGUAUCUACAUUUGCAUCUGAUUGGCGGUCAAUUUCUCGGAAGUACAUAUGUGUAGUUAUAGUGAGAUGAAGCUUCUCGAAGCAAUGAGGCUUUGCAUGCAAUGGACCUAUCGCUAAGCCACGCCUCCUUGGAAAACUCCUUGGGCCGUUUACAUGGUGACACUGCGACACCAAGACGCAACGACUGUGUUGCGGAAUGGCCUCGCCUUACAUAGUGAUGGCAAAAACAGAAAGGCAAAGAUGCAAGCCUUUGAUUCCGGCCUCAAAGCAGAACGAUUUCGAUUACAGGGAUUUCUCCGCCCCAACAACAACAACAGAGCAACAGCAACAGAGCGAGAGUGGAAUGCUCUCGCUCUGUUGACAUCGGCACUCGCACAUGUCACUUCUAAACAUUCAAAACCGCAUAAAUGGCAGAACGUUGGCUUUAAUUUACUGUUUUUAUAAUAUUUUUAAUGUAAAUAUACUUAACGUUCGCAUUUUUGUGCCUUUUGAAGCAAGAAAAAAACGUGGAGACGCCAUUGUUUUGAGUGGGUAUGUUGUCUUCCAGGCUGAGUAGGUUGUUGUCAAGGAAGUGCAUCAUUGGCUGUCACCUUGUAAAAUAGCACUGCCCCCUAGGGCCUGGCAUGAGUACUACAUCACUUUCGCAAACAUAUUUUGCCUCUAAAGUUUGAAGUAAUGCAAGUAAAUCUUUCAUACACUUGCACAUGAAGACAAGUACAUGUCUAAUUUUUCCCCUCAUCAGUUUGGACAUUAGUUAUAUUUUCUUUCUUGUGCAUUCAUUUAGAUUGUGAAUUUGCAAACUACUUUUAUGUCCCAACUUAAUUAGAAUUAGGUUUUGUAUUUCAUUGUUGUCAUUAAAUACACUAGCCUAUGGUGCCAACAUGCUAACACAUAAUGGUAAUUUGCCUUGGUGUG